CAUUGAAUCCAGAAAUUCUGUUAGAUGGCGCCAGGACGAACUACUGGAACACAAAAUUGCACUACUUAAACCACUGAAGUCUGAACUGAAUACGUAUUAUAGUAAUUAAUCAAGUAUUGUUGAUGGAGUAUCAAGUAAAGUCAACAUUUUAAAAAUAAAAUAUUGUCUACUGUAUGUUUCUGCAUUUAGUGACUUGCGGCAGUUAUUUUAGAAGGUUGUAAAGUUAAAAUAAAUAUUGAAGAUGAAUGACAAGGAAAAUAUCAUUAAGGGUUUAUACAAUAAACUUGAAAAAUUAAAAUAUCCAGAAGUUGCCCAAAUUAAUUAUCAGGAAUUUGAAGGUACAAUCCUUAUAGGAAAUAAGAGGGUGGAAUUGUUACAUUGGCUUCUACAAGAGAAUCCAAAUUUUAAUUGUAAUUUAUUAAAUAAGUUUAAAGAGAUAUCUCUUGAAGACAAACUUUUAAAAUGUUAUUCUCAAAUGGGAUUCUGCAAUAGUGAAGAAAUUUUAUUGGGAAAGUGUGAAAUGGAUGAACAACUACAUUUCUUAUCAUUGAUCAGUCUGUUUAUAAAUAGGAUUUAUUCAACAAAAACUGAAUCAGUAAAAUGUGAUAAAGAAAAUGUGCACAAAGUAGUAGAAGUAGUUACUACGAAUGUCAGUUCUAGUACAAAUUGCAUUGGUGAAGAAAAAAGUAAUUGUAAAAGUGAAAAUACUUUUUCAGAAGGUUUAAAAUCAUUAGAACCAACAAUUGCCAUUGAUAAUGAACAAAACAAUGAUCUUGAAAAGAUGUGUUGUGAUAUAAAGUCCAUCCUUGAAAAAUUAAAGAAACAUGAGAAUAAUAUUUAUGAACAAAAGCUACUAGAAUUUUAUAAGUCUUAUGAAAAUAUUACAAGUCUUCCAUUUGAAAAUAAUCAUUUUAAUAAUUCUUUUGAUGAUAUCAAAACUGAUAUCGAACAAAUACAUACAAAAUUUUCAACAAUCAACAAGGUCUUAGUUAACCAAGUUGAAUUCAAUAAUAGACCAACAAUAGCAGCAAAUGAUGAAAAGAUAACAAAGCCCUUAAGUUUGGCAAUAAGUAAUAAUUUGGUUUCAGUUCAACAUGCUUAUAACACACUUAAAGAAAAUGAAAUAUAAAUUCAAUGUAUUAUGGAAUAGGAGAUGAUUUAAGAAACAUGUUUAGUUUUUUUUGUGCUUAUUUACUUUUUCAAUAAAAAUACAUAAAUUUAAGA